GGCCAGUAGCCAGUCAGUCUGUGCUCUGCUUUGGCCAGGAGCAGACGAGCAAGCAGGGAGUCAACGGAACCGUGUACCGUUCGUCGCCUAUCCGGUCCCAAAAUCGCGCUCUUUUAUUCCGAUUUUUUUUUCAACAGAAUUCAUUUGGUUCGCGCGCAGUAUAUUUAUUUAUUUCGGUUGUUAUCGCUGGUCCGGCUCGGUUUUUAGUUGAGAAAUUAGCCAAAAUUUUAUUUUAGAUCUGCCCGGCAGCUCAUAAACUCACAAACUAAACAAAUCGCUCAAAAACAAUCAGCUUGGGGCCAGGGAUCAUUGGUGCAACGCUGCAGAAUUAAUGGAACGCGUGCUGUUCCAUGUGUGUGAGGAUUGCUCGUUGUCAUCGUCCAGAGAGCCAUAGAGGGGAUUGGAACGCGGCCCAAGAAUGAAGCGUGACCUGUCCACAUCGACCAUCGGCCGCGAUGAGGCCAGGCGUCCUCUUAUGGAGGCCUACAUGUUCCAGCGCAGGGUCCUCCUGGGAUGCAGCUUGCUGACUGUGGUGUCGCUUCUGAUCUGGAUAGUAGCGAUAUCGACGGAUCAUUGGAUUAUCAUAUCCGGUGGACAAGGAAUCUUUAUCCCGGAGUCAAGGCGAUUCUUUAUGUCCUCACACUCGGGAUUAUGGCGUCACUGUCGGAAUACUAUUGUUCCCAAUGCUCUGAGCAAUGCCCAGGUGGUCCGGAACUUCAGUUCGAUGUCCUACACGUCGCAGACGAACAUCAACGAGGCCAAACGGAAUCUUUCGCACAUGGACUUCAUCAAGGAGUUCGCGAAGGAGAAAUUAGACACGGGGGAUAACUUCACAGAAGCGGCUAGACGACACAUGUUUGCUCAUUGGGCGCGAGGUGAGGACGAGGACUUUCAGACCCUGCGAAACGCUUUCCGAACCAUUGUGAUGUCCACCGAAGACAACCAAAGGCAGUUCAAUGCCACGACGAACAAACCAAUACCCAUUGAUCCUUUAGACGUGAAGGGGAUUAUUACAAGAGGGACGUUUGGAUCGGCUCUGCAGCGGGUUAAGUACAACAACACCUGGUCCUAUUAUGUGAUACCAGAGGUGGCCCAGUUGGCCAUAUUCAGUAAUUGGACAAACUAUCCGCUGGUGGUGCGGCUUUUGGGUACCUAUAUCCGGGACAUUGGAAUUCCCGCCUACGUUUUAAAUGAUGAGCGGGUGCUUCUCAUCUUAGUGCCUCCACUGCCACCAAAACGAGGAGGUCAAAGUGCCUUUUACAGCUACAUCCCGAACCAACGAUGCAAGUACAUCGACAUGUUCCCCAACUCCAACGCCCUACGAAAUGAGCCUGGAUUCGACGACGAGCUAUUGGUGGCUUGGUACUUCCUUUCAGACUAUAUCCGGACGCAGGCGUCCUUUGCCUGCAUUACGUUGUUCGUGAUGAGCUUGGGAGCUGUAUUCUCCUUCUACACGUUCAUGAAUCCGCGCUACAUGUUCAAGCGACUGGCGGGUGGAAUCCACCUGGUUGCAGCUUCCACUGCCCUCGUGGUACUCCAGGUUCUCUUCUCGUCAAUUGACUACACGAAAGAUCAUCUAUUUUACGCGUAUCCGGACGGAGCAGAGUUAACCUACGGCUAUGGAGUUUUCUUGGCCUGGUUCACUUUUGCUGACAAUAUUUUAUGCGGUGUUAUGUUCCUCUGGUACUCGGGCAAGAAAAAAGGCGCCAAGGCACCCAAUGAUGAGGUGGCAAUGGCGGAUGAGCCCACCAUCAUGGGCAGAUAACAUGGCCCAGACCAUAAAUUGGGUUUUCAUUCACCAGAUGCCCAUCCAGCGACCAAAGACCAAAGCAAUUCUGUUGCUUUUCAGCUACUUUUGUUAUUUGUUGUUUUAAUAAUGGCUGUAUUUGAAAUGUUCGCUUUAUAACUAUAAGAAUCUCAAGGCAAUAAAGCAAUUAUUUUCAGUCAAUACAAAAC